GGUGAGACAGUCACUGUCAGAUGUGAGAUUCAGGGAGGUGAAGGAGCUCAGUGGACGUAUGAAUGGAGACCAGCCAAGUUAAACACAACUCCAACAUCCAAUGAACACAGAUUCACAGUUACUGAGUCUGACAGUGGAGGAUACAGCUGCCGGGGCAUAAGGGACUAUUUGGUAACAGAGUGGAGUGAUAUCAUCACACUGACUGCAUCAUAUAAACCCCGUCCUGUCCUCACUGUGUCUCCAUCAUGGCUGAGUCCUGGAGCCUCAGUAACUCUGAACUGUCAGGUUGAACAUCCGUCUGCAGGAUGGAGCUUCUACUGGUAUAAAGCUGUUCCUGAUCUAUCAGAGAAAUCCUCCAGUUAUGAGCUGCUACCUGAUGGCAGUGGGACUGCACAGGACUCCUACAUCAUUCAUGGACAGACACACACAGCAGGAUAUGUGUGCAGAGCUGGAAGAGGAGACCCAGAGUAUCACACUGAUCACAGUCAACCAAAGUUUGUCUGGUCUGCAGAUGUUCAUUCAGCAGCGUCUCUCACAGUGAGUCCUGACAGAGUGCAACACUUCACCUCUGACUCUGUCUCACUGACCUGUGAGGGAAACUUCACUGAGUGGAGAGUGAUGACUGUUCCACCGAGCGAUCCUUCAUAUUAUUAUAACUGUUGGAGAAUGACUGGAUCCACAUGUAACAUCUACACAUCAAAGUCAGAUACUGGAGUGUACUGGUGUGAGUCUGGAUCAGGAGAGUUCAGCAGUGCAGUCAACAUCACUGUACAGAAUGAUGGUAAUGGUCCUAUCCUGGUGAGUCCUGUUCAUCCUGUGACUGAGGGAGCUUCUGUUAGUCUGAGCUGCAGUUUGAAAACACAAAAAAUACUUUCCAAUGUGUUUUUCUAUCACAAUGACAAACUUAUUCAAAAUGAUACCCGAGGGGAGCUGAACAUCUCUGCAGUGUCAAAGUCUGAUGAAGGUUUCUACAAGUGUCAGUACUCAGGAAGAGAGUCAGCACAGAGCUGGAUGUCAGUUAAAGUCCAAAGAGGGAGAGAGGAAAGAGGGGAACGUAAGAAGAAAGUACAAAGUCAGGAAGAACCAGUAACUGUGUCAGGAGCUGACAGCUCUUCAUCUCCUGUGGGGUUGAUGGUUGGACUGGUUUGUGGAGUCUCUCUCAUUAUUAUUCUCCUGCUCUUGUUGUAUCGCUGCAGACAGUCCAAGUAUUCCUGCUUCACCAGGUCGAUCCAGUCUGAGAGUCACAGUCCGGGCUCCUCCACGAAUCAUGGAGUCAACCAGGAUGAAACUCAUGAGUACGGCUCUCUUCAACAUGGUACUGCUGACGUCUAUAAAUCAGUCGAACAAGUGACAAACAGAAAUGAUUCCUGCUUCACCAGGUCGAUCCAGUCUGAGAGUCACAGUCCGGGCUCCUCCACAAAUCAUGGAGUCAACCAGGAUGAAACUCAUGUGUACGGCUCUCUUCAACAUGGUACUGCUGACGUCUAUAAAUCAGUCACACAAGUGAAAAACAGAAAUGGAUUAGAUGAAUAUGAUGACGUCACCUCCUCUCUUAUUGAGUGUAAAGAUCUUAGAACCAAGAGUACAGAGUCUGUCUGCACCUUCUAAACAAAGCCUGUAAGGAAGCCACAGAUGGGACAGGCAUGAGGGGCAGCCAGUGACCCCUCACACACGUCCUUAUGCUGAUAUCCAGGCAGGUUCUCAGUGUUUGUAGCUGCUGUUUUAUGCAGCAAGCAUUUCCACAGUCCUCUGCAGCAGAUUAUAGAAACACUUCUUUUCUCAGCUCACGUCAGAAGAUCUACAGCUGGGACACUGUUAAGUGGUUCUACAUGAAAAAUAGUUAAAUAUUAACUCAAACAUGUUCUUGUAUGUAAAACAGGUUCAAAUGACAAAUGCAUGAAAUUAUAUUUGUCCUUUAAAGUGGACAUGAA